CUCUCUGUUUCCUAGUUUUUUCAGCUCACCUAUGGACCCUUCCAUCCCACCCUGAGUGAUCGUGAACAAUUUCCUUUUCUGUAUCAAAUGGCCCCUGAAGACACAUCUCUACCCCUGGCCAUGGUCUCCCUCAUUCUUCACUUCAACUGGAACUGGGUUGGACUGACCAUCUCAGACAAUGAUCAGGGUAUCCAAUUUCUCUCAUAUUUGAGAACAGAGAUGGAAAAAAAUACACUCUGCUUUGCCUUUGUUAACAUGAUUCCGCUCAACAUUUAUUUGUACAUGUCAAGAGCUGAAGUGUAUUAUAACCAAAUCUUGACAUCAUCCUCAAAUGUUGUUAUCAUUUAUGGUGAAACAGAUAGUACUCUAUCUGUCAGCUUUAGAAUAUGGACAUCUCGAGGUAUGCAGAGAAUAUGGGUCACAACCUCACAGUUUGAUGUCACUACAAGUAAGAGUGACUUCUUGCCUGAAUUGUUCCAUGGGACUCUGGCAUUUGCACACCACCAUGCUGAGAUUUCUGGUUUUAAAAAUUUUUUCCAGUCAAAGAACCCACUCAAAUAUUCAGAUGAAUACCUUGCAAGGCUGGAGUGGAUGAAUUUUAACUGUGGAGUCUCGGCUCCUAUGUGUAAUACACUGAGGAACUGCUCAUCCAACAGCUCAUUGGAAUGGCUGAUUGCACAGACAUUUGACAUGGCUUUUAGUGAUGGCAGCUAUGACAUAUACAAUGCUGUGUAUACUACGGCACAUGCUGCCCAUGAGAGGCUUCUUCAGCGAAUGGACAAUCAGGAAGUACACCUGGGUAACUGCUUGAAGGUGAUAUUUCUAUUUGAUGAUACUCAUUGUUUUCCAUAUCAGUCUCUAUUAGAGAAGACCCACUUCACUAAUCCAGUUGGGGACAGAGUGACUAUGAACCAGAAAGAAAAACUGCAGCCAGAGUAUGACAUUUUCCAGAUUUGGAAUUUCCCAAAUGGUCUUGGACUUAAGGUGAAGAUAGGAAUGUUUAGCCCAUAUUUUCCACAUGGUCAACAGCUCCAUUUAUAUGAAGACAUUCUAGAGUGGGCCGCAGGAAGUAGACAGAUGCCGCCCUCUGUGUGCAGUGCUGAUUGUGGUCCUGGAUUCAGAAAGUUCAGGCAGGAAGGAAUGGCAGCCUGCUGUUUUGAAUGCACUCCCUGCUCAGAAAAUGAAGUUUCUAAUGAGACAAGUGAUGUGGAUCAGUGUGUAAGGUGUCUAGAGGACCAGUAUGCCAAUGCAGAACAGAUCCAUUGCACUGACAAAAGUGUGAGCUUUCUGACCUAUGAAGACCCCUUGGGGAUGGCUCUGACCUUAAUGGCCUUGGGCUUCUCUGCAUUCACAUCUGUGGUUCUUGGGGUCUUCAUAAAGCACCAUGACACCCCACUUGUGAAGGCCAAUAACCGGAAUCUCAGCUACACCUUGCUUGUCUCACUCAUCUUUUGUUUCCUGUGUCCCUUGCUCUUUAUUGGUCAUCCCAAUGCACCUAAGUGCAUCCUGCAGCAAAUCACAUUUGGAGUAGUAUUCAGUGUGGCUGUUUCUACUGUGUUGGCCAAAACAGUGACUGUGGUUCUGGCUUUCAAACUCACAAUCCCCGGAAAAAGGAUGAGGUACAACCUGAUUCCAAGGGCAUCCAAUUUCAUUAUUGUCAUCUGUACCCUCAUCCAAAUUAUUCUCUGUGCAAUCUGGCUGGGAGUUUCUCCUCCCUUUAUUGAAAUUGAUGCCAAGAGUGAACAAAGCCACAUCAUCAUUGUAUGUAGCAAGGGCUCAAUUUUUGCUUUUUACUGUGUCUUGGGAUACCAUGGCUCCCUUGCAUUAGGGAGCUUCAUUGUGGCUUUCUUGGCCAGGAAUCUACCUGACACAUUCAAUGAAGCCAAGUUGCUGACAUUCAGCAUGCUGGUGUUCUGCAGUGUCUGGGUCACCUUUCUUCCUGUCUACCACAGCACCAAGGGCAAGGUCAUGGUGGCUGUGGAGGUUUUCUCCAUCUUGGCCUCCAGUGCAGGCUUGUUGGGGUGUAUCUUUAUCCCCAAGUGCUAUAUAAUGUUGUUAAGACCAGAAAAAAAUUCUCUUAAAAAGUUAAAGAAAAAAGCAUCUUCCUGA